GAUGCUAGAAAAAACCUAAAUUUAUAAGCAACCAAACCAACAAACCUCCACGUCUCAGCGUCGGCGCGCAGCCAUGACUGCUCCGAGGACGCUACCGCCGCCCACGGCGUGGCCUGUGGCGAGGAGCCCCCCGCGCCGCCACCCGCCUCCGCCGCGCCACCAUCUCCAUCGGCAGCAGCUGCAGCACAAGCAGCAGGGCGAACCGUCCGUGUUGGGCGUCGGUCUCCCGAGCGCCUGGCUCUCGCACCGCACCCCCGUCCUCGGCCUCCGCUCCUGGGUCCUCGUCGCCGCCGGCGCCGCGGCGGCCGUUCUCGCUCUUCUCUGCCUCGCCGUUUGCCUCUGCCGCCGGUGCCGGCGCCGCCCGCGCCUCGCCCCGUGCCCGCACCGCCCCGGCGCCAGUAAGUCCCUCAAGCACCGGGUGCAUGCGCAUCAGGCAAUGACAAUGCCGGCCAAGGACAUCGAAGAGGCCGCCGCUCGCUGGCGCCCGCCGCCGUUCGAGCCGCCGGUCGAGUACAUCAAGGAGGAGCAGACGGCCCCGCUGAUCCUGGUGGAGCAAUCCGCGAGGACCAGCGGCGAGACAGCGACGAGCAGCGGCGACGGUGGGAGCACCGAGAGCGGCGGCGGCAGCUAUGAAGCGGAGCCCGAGGCGGCGCGGCGCGGGUGGGGCCGGCGUUACACGCGCCGGGAGAUGGAGAAGGCCACGGGUGGUCUCGCCGACGGGAACGUGAUCGGGGAGGGCAGCUACGGCGUCGUCUACAGGGGCGUGCUCCGGGACAACACCGCCGUCGCCAUAAAAAACCUCCACAACAACAGGGGCCAGGCCGAGAAAGAUUUCAGGAUGGAGGUUGCGACGAUCGGAAGGGUUCGGCACAAGAAUCUUGUCAGUUUGCUCGGCUACUGCAGCGAGGGAGCUUGCAGGAUGCUUGUCUACCAGUACAUGGAGAACAGUAAUCUGGAUAAGUGGUUGCACCAUGAUGACAGCGAAAUCAGUCCUCUGACCUGGGAUAUCAGGAUGCACGUACUUCUUGGAACUGCUAAAGGGUUGGCCUACCUUCACGAAGGAUUGGAGCCCAAAAUCGUUCACCGUGACAUCAAAUCCAGCAACAUUCUUCUUGACCGGCACUGGAACGCCAAGGUGUCUGAUUUCGGCCUCGCCAAGCUUCUGUGCUCGGAGAAAUCCUAUGUCGCCACUCGUGUCAUGGGAACAUUCGGGUAUGUGGCACCUGAAUACGCAAGAACUGGGAUGCUGAACGAGAGAAGCGACGUUUACAGCUUCGGAGUGCUCGUCAUGGAGAUCAUCACGGGCAGGUCUCCUGUGGACUACACCAGGCCGACUGAUGAGGUGAACCUGGUUGAAUGGCUGAAGCGCAUGGUCGCCGAGAAGAGGGUGGAGGAGGUGCUGGACCCCAGGCUGCCGGAGCGGCCGCCGUCCAAGGUGCUGAAGCGGGUGGUCCUUGCCGCGCUCCGGUGCGUCGACCCUGACGGCGGCCAAAGACCCACGAUGGCGCAUGUGGUCCAUAUGCUGGAAGACGACCUGAUAUCGAGAGACGAGCUCAAGCUUGCCCGGGAUUUAUCUCCCCAGGCGUCAAGCAGUUACGAACGCUAAUAGUACAGGUGAUGAAAUCAUGAAAGGCCAUGUGUGGCAGAGAAGCAGGAUACCGUUAUAUCACAACGUUUUUUUUUUUUUGUACAAGUCGAUCUCUGAUCUUCUGUGAUCGUAUGACAGCCAUGGUAAAAACAAUAAUCAUACAAGCAUGGUGAUCUCGACACACAAUCCCUGACACCAGCUUGUACUGAGCACCUCCUUUUGAAGAUUUAACCUAACAAAAGUGCAUUUUGUCUUGCCC